AUGGCGAACGGAGGUGCCGCGGAGUGCGACCCAAGCGAUCUGACGACGGACGAGGUUGAGCGGCUCAUUGAAGCGGUGAGAGAGCGCCAGUGUCUUUAUGACGUCGGUUCUCUAGAGUACAGGGAUUCCAAGCGAAAAAAGAAUGCCUGGGAGUCCGUGCGCAUUGCCUGCGGCAUGAAGUCCGGUGAGGACGCACAAAAAGCGUGGAAGCGUGUACGCGACAGGGCAACCACCAACGUAAAGGCACCACCUGUGGGCGACACAGCACAGUGUCUAUUAAUGGAAAUGGUGGAAUCUUCUCCUGACGACUCGACCAUGCCCACUGACUUCGAGCCUGCCCAAGAAGAGCUGCAGUGCAGCCCCGAGGCUCCUGUCCCAGCCACGCCGUCCACCUCGGGUGAAUCAACAUCAAGCACCUCGAGGAGGUCAUCAGGCCAGUCACAAAAGACUAAAAUGACACAGAACGAGGCGUUUGCCUACUCUGUAGCACAAUCUCUAGAUCGUUGGGACGAGGUCACCAGUGCCCAAUUCAGGGCUUGUGUAAUGCAGAUUGUGUAUGAGUAUGAAUGUAAAUUUCAGCAGAAAUAA